AUGGAGCCGGCGCGCACCGGGCGGAGCCUGCGGGCGCCGCCGCCGCCGCUGCCGCUGCCUCUGCCGCCGCCGCUGCCGCUGCCGCUGCUGCUGCUGCUCCUGCAGGUGGCGGGGCCGGCGGGCGCCCUGGCCGAGACCCUGCUGGACGCGUCGAGGGCCGUGGGCGCCAGCUCCAGCCCGCCCAGCCCCGCGAGCGUGGUGGCUCCCGGGACCGCGCCGUUCGAGGAGAGCCGGCUGCCGGUGUUCACCCUCGAUUACCCCCACGUGCAGAUCCCCUUCGAGAUCACCCUGUGGAUCCUGCUGGCCUCCCUGGCUAAGAUAGGCUUCCAUCUGUAUCACAAGUUGCCCACGAUAGUGCCGGAGAGCUGCCUUCUUAUAAUGGUUGGCCUGCUGCUAGGAGGGAUUAUUUUUGGGGUCGAUGAAAAGUCCCCCCCUGCGAUGAAGACUGAUGUGUUUUUCUUGUAUCUCCUCCCACCCAUUGUGCUUGACGCGGGCUAUUUCAUGCCCACACGCCCAUUCUUUGAGAACAUUGGCACCAUAUUCUGGUAUGCUGUGGUAGGGACCCUUUGGAAUUCCAUUGGCAUUGGGGUGUCUUUGUAUGGUAUCUGCCAGAUUGAAGCCUUUGGCCUGAGUGACAUCACCCUGCUCCAGAAUCUGCUCUUCGGCAGCUUGAUCUCAGCCGUGGACCCCGUGGCCGUGCUCGCCGUCUUUGAGAACAUUCAUGUCAAUGAGCAGCUCUACAUCCUGGUCUUUGGAGAGUCUCUGCUGAAUGAUGCAGUGACAGUGGUCCUGUACAACUUGUUCAAGUCUUUUUGCCAGAUGAAAACCAUUGAGACCAUUGACGUGUUUGCUGGAAUUGCAAACUUCUUUGUUGUGGGAAUUGGUGGGGUGUUGAUUGGCAUCUUCCUGGGAUUUAUAGCAGCAUUUACUACUCGGUUCACGCAUAACAUCCGAGUGAUUGAACCACUCUUUGUCUUCCUGUACAGUUAUUUGUCCUAUAUAACAGCCGAAAUGUUUCACCUCUCAGGUAUCAUGGCGAUCACUGCUUGUGCAAUGACUAUGAAUAAGUAUGUGGAAGAAAACGUAUCUCAAAAGUCCUACACAACCAUCAAGUAUUUCAUGAAGAUGCUGAGCAGUGUCAGCGAGACCCUGAUCUUCAUCUUCAUGGGCGUGUCCACUGUCGGGAAGAACCACGAGUGGAACUGGGCCUUCGUGUGCUUCACACUUGCCUUCUGUCUCAUCUGGAGAGCACUGGGUGUCUUUGUCCUGACUCAGGUCAUUAACUGGUUCCGGACGAUCCCCCUGACCUUUAAGGAUCAGUUCAUCAUCGCCUAUGGAGGGCUCCGAGGUGCCAUCUGCUUUGCGCUUGUGUUUCUCCUACCUGCUGCUGUGUUUCCUAGGAAAAAGCUGUUCAUUACAGCUGCAAUUGUUGUCAUAUUCUUUACUGUCUUCAUCCUGGGAAUUACUAUCCGACCACUAGUGGAAUUUCUUGAUGUUAAGAGGUCCAAUAAGAAACAGCAAGCAGUCAGUGAAGAAAUCCAUUGCCGGUUUUUUGAUCAUGUGAAGACUGGGAUUGAAGAUGUUUGUGGACAUUGGGGUCACAACUUUUGGAGAGACAAGUUUAAGAAGUUCGAUGACAAAUACCUGCGGAAGCUUUUGAUUCGAGAAAACCAACCCAAAUCAAGCAUUGUGUCUUUAUAUAAAAAGCUUGAAAUAAAACAUGCCAUUGAGAUGGCGGAGACGGGGAUGAUAAGUGCUGUUCCUUCUUUUGCAUCUCUGAAUGAUUGCCGGGAAGAAAAAAUAAGGAAGCUCACACCUGGUGAAAUGGAUGAAAUUCGAGAAAUAUUAUCCAGAAAUCUCUAUCAAAUCCGUCAGCGAACUUUGUCCUACAACAGACACAAUCUGACGACCGACACAAGUGAGCGACAAGCUAAAGAGAUUCUGAUCCGACGAAGGCACAGUUUGCGAGAAAGCAUCAGGAAAGACAGCAGCUUGAACCACGAGCGCAGGGCUUCCACUUCAGCCUCUCGAUAUUUAUCCUUACCAAAAAAUACAAAGCUUCCAGAAAAGCUACAAAAGAAAAAGAAUAUUUCCAAUACAGGUGGCAAUAGCAGUGACUCAGACACAGAUGUCGGGACCACCGUCCUCAAUUUGCAGCCCCGAGCAAGGCGCUUCUUGCCAGAACAGUUCUCAAAGAAAGCCCCGCAGUCCUAUAAAAUGGAAUGGAAGAAUGAGGUAGACGUUGAUUCGGGACAGGGGCAGCCUUGUACCCCCGCAGCUCCCCACAGCAAAGAGGGGGGCACCCAGACCCCAGGCAUGCUCCGGCAGCCCCUUCUCUCCAAAGGCCAGUUUGGCCCAGUGCAGGAAGACAGUGUGACUGAAGGUAUCCAACCCAAGCCGCCACCCAGGCUGGUCCGGAGGGCAUCGGAGCCUGGCAACCGGAAAGCGCAAUUUGGAAGUGAGAAGCCUUAAUGGAAAUGGCCAAAGCAGACCUGGGGUGACUGACCCAGCACCCCUGGCGUUGGUUACUCUGAAACCUGACACAACAUUGGGAUCCAUUUCAUACCCUCUAUGCAUCUAAAUCCUUUCUUUGGGUAGAAGAGUCAUACCAUUGAUUUAUGGGAUGGAUGCUUAACCCAAGAAGAGGAAAAAUCAAAGAAAAAAAAAGCCCUAUAAAAUGCCUUUUAUGACUUUUUGCUAGCAGUUGUAUUCUUCACAAGCCUAAAGAAAGAAAAUUGUGUGCCUUUAUUGAACUUGAAUGACAGAACUUGAAGUUUUUAACACACCUGUGCUGGUGAAAAUUUUAAUAUAUACAUAUAUGCCUCACAUUUUAUUUAUGAAAACCUAUGGAUAUCUGUAAUCAGUUUUUAAGCGAAGGGCGCUAAAAAUACUCAACAUCUCUCCAAGGUGUAAAGGGUAGUUCCCGCAGGAUGGUGGGCCAUCUGCUCAGAGUCAAGGUGUUUCCCCAUCUUGAGCUGCUGACCACUUGGUAAAGGACGAGCGCAGCAUGGAGCAGGGAUUCUUGGUGAACUCAGGCUGGGGAGGGAGUCAGAACAUCUAGGCAGAUGAGGAGGCCUGGCUCCCAUAGCGCAGAUUCCCAUAAAUAAUGAGUCUACUGGAUUUAAUUUAUUUGUUACUGUACGUUUGAGGGUAACAUAUAGAUUCCAUCUCUUGUUUGUGUUUGAAUGGUGCAAAGAGAAAGACUGUGUGGGUGACACGAUGUGUGACAGACUUGGUGGCAGCUUUGGACGAAGUUCCAGCACGUGGGCCUCAUGGUAUAUGCGGGGAGACACCUGCUUACAUUUUUUUUGGCAGGUUUUAUAUUGUGCAAUACUGGGAAGAGGAUGCAGGAGAUUCCCUUUCAUGCCCAUCUAUGACUAUCGGCUUUAGAAUUUUUCUUAGAACAUUCUAGAACUUUGAAUACAGGUCAGAAGCUCCAAGCAGACCAUUUAGAUAAACAUAGUCCAAUGUUUAAUAAACUGGUGAGAGUUCAGGUUUUGAAAUUUAUUCAGGAAGUACUUUGGAGAAUGUAGGAGUUCUUUUUUUUUAUUUUUUGCACUAGUCUGUAAUUUGUUACUUCUCGCCCCUCAAUAAAGUAGUGACAAAUUCUUCAUAUAAAAAUGGAUUCUACUCAUCUGAGUACUUUUUAAAAGAACAACAGAAAGACAAGAAGUGGAAUAUAAUCAUUAAAGAGUAAUAUUUUUGAAUUUUUGAGUAAAUAUUUUGAAUUUUUGUCUCAAGCUGUAGAUUUUAUUGUUUUUUUUUUUUUUUUUCCCCUGAAAAACUCCUUAAAACUGGACUGGAAUGAGACUCUAAAUGUCUGGGUUUAAAUAUAAAUGAGGCCACACGAUAGUCUACUGAGAGCACAUUAGAGGUGCAGCAAAGGAUACAAACGACCAUUGGAUUGUUAGUGGGAAAACAUGAAUAAAUUAAACAGGAAGAUUCAGGACUCAGAAAUCCCCAGCAGUGCUUCUCUUAUCUCCCUCCUCUACCCCCACCAAUGUGGAGAAAUAAAUCUUUUACCCUUUCUCUUAUCUUCUACAGUCUUGGAAUAGUGCUAAGAUUGUUGGGUGUGAGGCAGAGGAAAAGAUAAACAUACAAGGUACAAUUUCCUUCCCAAACUCUUCCACGUUGAUAAGUGGAAAGCAGUAUAGACACCUUUGAAAACUGUAAACUUAGGAUUCUGUGCCAAAUAUCUUAAUUUUAACUGAAAAUAUUUAUAUUAAAAAUAUAUAUAUUUCAUCUGCUGAAAAGAAAUUAAAAUGACUUUUAACUUAGAAUUUUAUUAUAGGAAUGUGAUUCAUCAAGAGAUGGGAUGUAUAUUUUUGAGAAUGCCAAGAGUAAAUUUUUAGAACUUAAUGAAAUCUGAAAAGAAAGGUUAAAGUAAAAUGACCUUAAAAAUAAAGUUCCUGAUUUUUUUCUGGUGUCCUAGAAUACUGAAUAUUAUAAUAAGUCUAAUUUUCUGGAACCGAAGAAGAAAAUAUGAAAAUCUUUUUACAUUUCUUGUUAAACAGGUAUACCAAAUUUAGCUUACACUGAUUAAAAGUCAAUAAAGAAUCUGGUGGACAUGGUGUAAAUUUAAAAAAGCACUUAUGUCAUUAUCAGUUUAACGUUUUUUGUAUUUUUGAAUGACAAAAGCAAUGAAAAAUAAAUGUGACUUCAUUUUGUUUUUUCUCCAUACUUUUUUUCACAUAAAAUUAUUAAGUUCUAGACACUACAGGAGAGCAUAUGAAACCCCUUAAAUAUUGAAACAGUCUCAAUAUUCUGUGGUAGAGACCCACCCCUGACCCUUUGUAAAUGACUCGCUAAUGCAAGCAAUACUUGAUCCAACCAAAGUUCCAGUGUGACUAUAGAAUUUUGAUGGGUCUUUGGUAUUUAACAAUUUUGACUUGAACUACCUGCAAGUGCAAAGUGUAGGCUUAUUUCUUUACCUGUAAUGCUAAGGGCUGAUUGUUGGGAACAGUUAGGCCAGUUAGCAAACAACUAGAAAUUGACUCCAAAGCUCGAUACUUUUAAAAAAAUGUGCGUUUUGUGGAUAAGACCCCAGAAUAUCUGGGACAAAAUUCCCUUGGCUUUUACUAAUUUUCGUGGUGGGUAAGGGGAAUGUUUAUUUAUGUAAAAAACAUAGAGAAGUUAUUUAUUACAUGUCUCAGUAUGUUUUUCCAUUUGUUGCACUACCCAAGUCAUGUUUAUGUUAAAACUGGCAUUUUAUAAACAAGUGUGAGAAUUGUAAUAUUUUGUUAGUUCAAAGUUCACACUUGACUUUCUUCUCUGAAGAGUGAUUAAAAAGAUUUCUUUGUCUGGUUGAA